AUGGCCCAACAAAUAAUCACCUACGAUAUCAAACCCACAAAGCUGGUCCCAAACUCCACAAAGCCACUUUUGCUUUACAAGGGCUGUUUCAUCCGUGACGGAAAAGUAGACACUACACUCGCAUUCAACACAUUCAAAGAAAACGGAUGGGAUACACAGUGGGUAGCGACAUAUGGCCAUUAUCAGCGCUCACACUACCACGUCGACACACACGAAGUGAUGAUAGUCCUAUCCGGCCCAGGCAAGAUUCGUUGGGGCACUGCAGACUUUGGAGAUGACGCUCAUAAUCAUACAUACGGCACAGCCUCAGAAGAUGGUGCCAUGUACUCCGACGCCAAUGUCGGUGACGUUUUUCUCGUUCCGGCCGGUGUUGCGCAUAAGUCUUAUAACCCCACUGCGCCGAAUUCAGAUACAAUAGGCUUGGCUGGAGGUGGCCCUAUGUUAUCUGAGGAUUCUAGGAAGGCUAUUGGAGAGCUUGAGGUUUCGGGGUUUACUAUGAUGGGGGCUUACCCCCGCGACUUGGUUUGUGGAUGGUCGGAAGGGGGAGAUCAUGUUGGGGAUUUUGAGUCUGUUUGGAAUGUUCCAAUUCCUCACAUGGAUCCUUGUUUUGGAAGUAAUGGUGGUAUAAAUGAGUACUGGAAGCGGCCAUGA